CUGCCGCGGGCCGUCAGCACUCAGGCUCUGAGCAGCGCCGGACUCCUCCGAAUGGUCAACAAGGCCGCCGAGGCCGUCAACAAGAUGACCAUCAAGAUGAACGAGUCGGACGCCUGGUUCGAGGAGAAGCAGCAGCACUUUGACAACCUGGACGUCCAGCUGAGGAAACUUCACGCCAGCGUGGAGUCUCUGGUGUGUCACAGGAAGGAGCUCUCGGGGAACACGGCGCUCUUCGCCAAGUCGGCGGCCAUGUUGGGGAACAGCGAGGACCACACGGCUCUGUCCCGGGCGCUGUCCCAGCUGGCCGAGGUGGAGGAGAAGAUGGAGCAGCUGCACCAGGACCAAGCCACCGCCGACUUCUACUUCUUCUCCGAGCUGCUGGGCGACUACGUCCGCCUCAUCGGCGCCGUCAAGCGUGUGCGUGUGCCUGUGCCGGGCGUGUUUGACCCCCGGGUGAGGACUUGGCAGAAGCUGCAGGACUCUCAGAAUCUCCUUCAGAAGAAACGAGCUGAAACCAAACUUCAGUUCAACAACAAAACCGAGAAAGUGCCGCAGGCCAAAGACGAGAUGAGAGAGCUGGAGACGAAGGUCCAGCUGGGCGAGAGAGACUUUGAUCAAAUCUCCAAGACAAUCCGCAAAGAAGUCGGCCGGUUCGAGAAAGAGCGAGUAAAGGACUUUAAAAGCAUCGUCAUCAAGUACCUGGAGUCACUGGUUCAGACACAACAGCAGCUGAUAAAAUACUGGGACGCCUUCUUACCCGAAGCCAAGGCCAUCUCAUAGAGUCCCCUGGGACGGUCCUCCUACUACACUACCCACAAUGCACUGCUCCGCCUCCCCUUCAACGUGCGAAUCAGCUCUUCGAGAGAGGGGAACUCUGGAAUUUAUAGUUUGUCGUCUUUUAUUUGCUGCUUCUUCUCUCCGGCGGAACUUGGUGUUGUGUUCAAGUCCCGUCAGUGAUCUUAGCUUCCGCGAUAAUGCUGUACAACGCCUAUACUCCUCGUACUAUUUCCUGCUUUUUAAAAUCCAAAUUCUACUAAAUGGAAAACUGACGACGUCCCUGCGAUUUUUUUGUUCAUAAAAAUUUAACACAAAAUCUUUUUACAAACCAAAAGCUCAUAUUCCCGUAUGAAUUGAACGCAGCACCAGGGCUGAAAGGUGUGGAAUAAUAAAAGACAAAUACGGAUGUUUAUCAGAUGAAUUAAUAGCUAAUGUAAAUCAAUGUGCCAUCAAAAUUGGGGUUUAAAUUCUGACAAAUAGAAAAUUCUGAAAAUUGAAAAACGCUGAAAGCGGUGAUUCAUCAUUUUUAUUUUAGGGUUAAAAGUAGUUAUUUUAGGCCACAGGAAUCAGAAUGUAUCAUUUAAACCGCCAAAGAAAGAAUGAAUAAAUACACCGGUGAUAUUUAACAAUCUGGUCAAAAGCUAAAAGUAGUUAUCAAAGAGAAGCGUUUGUUAAUUAUAACGCCCAUAACUACAGGCUGCUGUUCAAACACAUUAAUUAUAAGCUCAUAUUCGCUCACAAAACACAUACAAUGUUCCUAUAACUGCACAUAUUUUACACACCUUAUAAAUGCUUAUCAGGAGAACUUAUUCGUCGAUCCCGACGUCUCAGUCUGCCGGUCAUGAACGGUCUUCUAGUACUACGACUCCCAUGAGCCUUAGCGGUUGAACUCCAGAGUUGCAGAAUAUCCCCAACGAACCCAAAGUGAAAAGUCGACUUCUUUUUUUUCAUCUGAAAAAACUGAGCCACAAGAAGUCUGAAGCCACCUGAUUGGAUGUUGUGUUGCUGCAUUGAACUCUGGGUAUUUUAAGAUAAAGAUUAAAAAAAACUAGGUGAUAAAAAUACCUGCUCAUCCAUGAAGAAUAUCUUGGAUUCGUCACGUUAUGCUAACGGCGCUACAUCCGCUCAUGCUAACGUGUCAGAGGAGAACUUUAGUGAGUCUUGAUCGUACGUGACGGCGACGUUUCCUUUUUGAGUCGAGGAGGAAGAUUCUCGGUUUGUUCGACACUCACUGACCCGCUUUACCUUUGAUGAGUCUACACGUGUAAACGUCCUGCGUGAUUUUACACUGUGAGCCGCGACGAGCAGAAGAGACGUGAUUCAGAGGUUCUGAGCCUCGUUUCCAGGACGUUUCAGUGAUUCUCGUUAAAAACAUCCUGUGAAUGUAAUGAACAAAAGCCGCCGCGUGAACGGACCCUCGGGAAGUGUCUUCCUCCACUUCGUGUCCGACAAAGAGAGACUUUGUUCACUUUACAACGAAGAAAUCAAGCUCGUUGGCGCCUUUUAGCUUCGACGCUAACGGGCGCGUUUCCAGUGCGGAGUGACGUGAUCGUCCGUCCGUCCGUCGGAUGAGUUCCUCGUGUUACGUCCUGAACAUUCAAAUAGUUUUUCGUCUCUUAUUAAAUUGCGCUGCAUUGAUCACAACCUUUCUUUUUGUAUUUUUUGUCAUUCCACAUUUUGGUGCCGCGCAAUGAAGAGCGGUGGCACUUUCGGUUGAUUUUUAAACAUUUUUUAAACUUUCCCUUGAUGAUGAAAUUCUUUCACCUUGUUUUGACAUUCCUGCAGAGCAGAACUUUAUUUACAAUAAAGGAAUGUGUGAUUCAUCUGUGA